GUUAAAACACAGGGUGCAUCAUUUGCUUAGGCUGCGUAAAACGCGUCAUCUAAUCCAUUAUAAAAACUCUGCGAGGUGUCAGUGCACAUGAAGCUAUCCAUGGACAACAGAUCUGUCCAUCCACACAUAUUAUUUCAAUGCCGUACUGAGAUAUCGAUUUCUUUACACUGAGACCCUUGGUCUUCAAAAUCACUGUUGCAAUGGGUGCGCAAAUACCCCUUUGUCCAAGGAUAACUAUGGCAGUGAACAGAUGAGAAAUUAAACUGGUAAAACUCGGGAUUGCCGUAGCUAUCUGCGAGCUGUGUGCUUGGUACCACAUUUGACCAAAAUGGAAAGAUUACACUGAAAAAUUGCGAUGCAGAAGACUUCUAAAAUGCAAGACGAUCGCACGGAGUACGCGUCUGGAAGUCUCCCGUUAUCAAGUGAAUACAACGCGAGCUUCGUGCUUAACAGGACCAAUCUUUCGUGGAGUGUCUUGCAGGAUCUCGCUGAUUUGGAUAAACCCGAUUUUGUGGGGGACGGAUCCGCGGUGCUGAGAAUAAUCAUCUCUGUCAUCUACUCGGUCGUGUGCGCUCUGGGUUUAAUUGGAAACAUCCUCGUCCUGUAUCUCAUGAAGUCCAAACAAGCAUGGAAAAAGUCUUCCAUCAACCUCUUUGUGACCAGUUUGGCCGUGACUGACUUUCAGUUUGUUUUGACACUUCCCUUUUGGGCUGUGGAGAAUGCCAUGGAUUUCACUUGGCUAUUUGGUAAGGCGAUGUGUAAGAUUGUUUCUUAUGUAACAGCCACAAACAUGUACGCCAGCGUGUUUUUCCUGACAGCUAUGAGUGUGGCGAGAUACUGCUCUGUGGCUUCGGCGUUAAAAAGUAGGAGACGCCGGUGGCGUUUCUCCGCGCGAUGGAUGAGUAUCAUCAUAUGGAUAGCGGCGGUCGGUGCCGCUCUGCCAAACGCUAUAUUUUCAACGACCGCCACGGUGUCGAACGAGGAACUGUGUCUUGUGAAAUUUCCCGACCGGAGCGGAGACGCGCAGUUUUGGUUGGGUUUAUACCACGCGCAAAAAGUACUGUUGGGGUUUCUUAUCCCCCUCGGAAUAAUCACUGUCUGUUACCUGCUCCUUUUGCGCUUUAUAACCAACAAAAACAUAAACACGUCCAGCGCAAAGAGACGGUCCAAAGUGACCAAAUCUGUGACAAUAGUUGUGUUGUCCUUUUUCCUCUGCUGGUUGCCGAAUCAGGCGUUAACCGCGUGGGGAAUUUUAAUAAAACUCAAUGUUGUCCACUUUAGUUACGAGUAUUACACCACACAGGUGUUUAUUUUUCCAGUGACCGUCUGUUUAGCACAUUCCAACAGCUGCCUCAAUCCUAUUCUGUACUGUUUGAUGAGGAGGGAAUUCAGAAAGGCGUUGAAAAAGUUGUUUUGGCAAAUGACUUCGCCGUCUGUGACGAAUAUGAGACCGUUUUCCGCCUCCACGAAGCCCGAGCAAGAUGAACACGGUCACGCGCUGGUUCCGCUCAGACCCGCGGAGCCCGCGCUUAUUUUCUACCCUCCAGGGGUCGUCAUGUACAGCGGCAGAAACGACCUGCUGCCUAACAGCACAUAACUUCGUCACAUACGGGCAAAGCAAUUAUUUUAAGGUGCCGUUCACACCGAACGCGUAUUUGCUUGCAUCUGCGCGGGGAUUUGUAUAUUUUAUUUAUUAUAUUUUUUAUUGUUUUUCUAUGUAUAACAA